AAAAAUUAUGUGACUGCUAUUUUUUUUUUAUUCAACCACUAUAGAAUUUUAAACUCUAUGUAUCUCCUUUGCUCUUACUUCAAAUGACCGAGAAGCGUUAUUGUUGAACACCGCUUGUCCGACUCAUUCCAUCGUCGAAAAUGGCAGCAUCAGCCAUUGCGACGCCUCUAAGAGUUUCGUUUUCCUCACUCAACCAGACAACACUACGCAGGCAACUCUGUUCUUUUUAGCUUAUAAUUCACUUUUUAUUUCUAUUUGAACUCUAAAAUUACAAAUGAUCUUAAUACUAAGGAGUACUCCGUAAUUUCUUAUUACGAAUCUUUCUUCUUUAGAAAUUCAGGGGGAAACAUUGUGCGCGCGCUUCCUAAUCCCAACUUUGGUUCAUCAACAAUCGGACUAUCCAGUAGUGUCCAGGGCUGGCGCUUAAAGCUAGACGAGGACAACAGCAAUGCUGCCAUCAAUCAAGGCUAUGGUACUAUUGAAGCUAAAAGGGGGAAUCCAACCAUGAUGCCUACAGUGCCGACACCAGGUGGCCUUAUGGACCUGUCAACCAUAUUGCUUAGAAAUCGCAUUGUCUUCGUUGGGCAACCUGUCAACUCACAAGUUGCUCAAAGAGUCAUAUCACAACUUGUGACGCUUGCAACAAUUGAUGAAAAUGCCGAUAUUUUGAUGUAUCUUAACUGCCCAGGGGGAAGCAUUUAUUCUGUGUUGGCAAUAUAUGACUGCAUGUCCUGGAUAAAGCCUAAGGUUGGUACAGUCUGUUUUGGAGUGGCUGCCAGUCAAGGAACACUUCUUCUUGCAGGUGGGGAAAAGGGUAUGCGGUAUGCAAUGCCAAAUGCACGUAUUAUGAUACAUCAACCGCAAAGUGGAUGUGGGGGUCACGUGGAGGAUGUGAGGCGCCAAGUGAAGGAAGCCGUUCUAUCUCGUCAUAAACUUGACCAAAUGUAUGUUGCAUUUACUGGCCAACCACUUGAGAAAGUUCAAUUGUACACUGAAAGAGAUUGUUUUUUAUCUGCUUCAGAGGCUAUGGAGUUCGGUCUUAUUGAUGGGAUAUUGGAAACUGAAUAUUAAAGGUCUGAUUAUCAGUUGAUGUGUGCAGGCUUGAUAUGGAGGUCUUCAAGUUUUACCUUUUAAUGCCAAAAAAUAGUUCAACUUCUUCAAACUUUCAAAGCUCCAUGUGGGUUAAAAGACUUGUGUUUUCUUUACUGGUAGUAUCUAUAAUCUAUGUACAAUAGAAAAACAUGAAAGUAAGAGAACAGGUAUUAUUGGUAAUGUGUAUUAUCAUGUUUACAUUAUUCUAAUUUCUGAAGGUAUUAUAAUUGAUCUGGAAAGUAAGAGAAC